AUGGACUCGACACGAACAAUCUCUGAAUUGAAAUCAUCAUUUAUUUGGACUCAAGUCCGAAUCUUUUCGGAGAGCCUUGAUCUACCCGAUGACUGGCGAAACUACGCUGUGGAGACCGAGGAGGAACUGAGCGACAAGGUGAUUGAGGAUGUCUUGCACAAAGUGAACGCUGCCGCCAAGCAACAUAAUCGCGUUGUUUAUUCCUCGCAGGCAAUACACCAUGUUGCCCAGCAGAUUUCCAGUUUGUACAGGUCUUCGAUCAGCCAAGACGCUCGCAGUCGAGCUGCUUUUGCCAAUGGUGUCGAAAAAACUACGGACUUGUCGCGACACCUGAAUAUCGUCAAUCUGCCUGUCGAGUUGGAGGGCCAGAGUGCGAGCGAGGAGGAGAACACAAGGUACCAGCAGCUUCGGGAGCGACUCGCCCAACUUGACAAUCAGCGUGAGCAGCGACAACGACGCCUGGAUCAGCUGCAUCACCUCCAACGCUUGCUAGGUCCCUUUCAAAACCCUCGACGGGAUAUUCAGCCAAACCUGGUCACCCGGGACGGAGAACUAGUUCAGGAACUGGAGAAAAUGCGGAUGCUCGUUGCAAGGGUCGGAGGGAGGAUUGCACAGCAAAAAACAAGCGUCGCCGAGAGCCAUAACUAUCCGCUUCCAGAAUCGGAUCAAAAAUUGGAGGCGCUACUUGAUAUGACUUGA